CCGGCCGCCAUGUUUUUUGGCCGGCCCUGACUGUGGCUACCCCGGUGGAGGAAAUGGCGGGGGCGCCCGGGUCUCUUGGCCUAGGCUAAGGAGGCAGCGCGGCGAGGGGAGAGGCGGGGAAAAAUAAAAGAGAAGCCUGGCUGUCGGCGGCCAUGGCGUCCAGCAGUAACUGGCUGUCCGGUGUGAAUGUCGUGCUGGUGAUGGCCUACGGGAGCCUGGUUUUUGUACUGCUGUUUAUUUUUGUGAAGAGGCAAAUCAUGCGCUUUGCAAUGAAAUCUAGAAGGGGACCUCAUGUCCCGGUGGGACACAAUGCCCCCAAGGACUUGAAGGAGGAGAUCGAUAUUCGGCUGUCCAGGGUUCAGGAUAUCAAGUAUGAACCCCAGCUUCUCGCAGAGGAUGAUGCAAGACUCCUACAGCUGGAAACCCAGGGAACUCAGAGUUGCUAUAACUAUCUGUACAGGAUGAAAGCCCUGGAUGCCAUCCGCGCCUCUGAGAUCCCAUUUCAUGCUGAAGGCCGCCAUCCCCGCUCACUAAUGGGCAAGAAUUUCCGCUCCUACUUGCUGGAUCUGCGCAACACUGGCACUCCUUUCAAGGGUGUUCGGAAGGCCCUCAUUGAUACCCUGCUGGAUGGAUAUGAGACAGCCCGCUACGGAACGGGGGUCUUUGGCCAGAGUGAGUACCUGCGGUACCAGGAGGCCCUGAGUGAGCUGGCCGCUGUGGUCAAGGCACGAACUGGAAGCUCCCAGAGGCAACACCUGUCUGCAGCCAAAGAUCUAACUCAGUCUCCUGACGCGUCCCCAAGCACCAUCCAGGUCACGUACCUCCCCUCCAGUCAGAAGAGCAAACGCGCCAAGCACUUCCUGGAGUUGAAGAGCUUUAAGGACAACUAUAACACACUGGAGAGUACUCUGUGAUGGGAUUGACGGCCUCCACAGAUGGAGCAGGAGACGCCAGCAGCAGCCCGUGGGUCGUCAGGCUCAGCAGACCCAGACUGUGUCAGCCACAGCUGUUGUGUCCAGAGUUCUUGAUUUGAGUCUUAUCUGAAAGGUCAUUGCCCAACCCUUUCUUACAGACAUUUUCAAAAUAAUCAGCUAAGAUUUUUAUUAUCCCCCAGUAGUACUUUUUUUCUGGGGGAGGGGGUGGAUUCAGAUGUUAUUCUUGAUAUUUCUGUCAAAGAGUCCUUAAAAUCUUUUUGUUUUUAGUCAUUGUUCACCUACCCUAUUAGGGGCUGUUUAGUUCCAAAGGUGAGAGUUGAGUGAGCUGUCCUUCAUAUUUUCCCCCUUGCACUUAAUUGAAUGUAGAAAUUGGGUUUAGGAUAUUUCCGUUGAUUGGUGAAGUCAGGCAGGACAUGCUGGGCAGGAGGUCAGGAAGUGGGUGGAAUGUCUUCCUCUGGCACUCCACUUAGGCCAGGAUGCACGGAAGCACUGGCACGAACUAACUGAAGUGCCAGGGUCUCUUCUGCCUUCUGCACUCAGCACUUUGCUCUGAGUACGUGGAGUAAAAGGGACCGUGUUGAUACCUGGCAUAAUCUAUGACAAGACAGAAGACAGCGUGAAGGAAUGGUUUCCCCUGUAAGUCAGGCAUUACUCUCGGUUUAUAAUAUUUAAUAAAGGUGAAUGCUGAAAAGACAA